CUGCCGGGAUCGCUCGCCGCCGCUGUGGUAAUGUCCGCCAUGUUGGCCAUGGCGCAGGGAGCGGAUCGGGCGGGCGAGCGGCGGAUCUAGUGUGUGGAAGCGGCCGCGGGCGGCGGGGGGCUGUUUUCGGGCGGGGUGGGCGCCCAUGCUGUGGCCGGGGGCAGUGAGGAGGAGGAGGAGCGGGCCGGCCGCGCUGCACUGAGGAAGGAGGUGGAGGAGGCGGCGGGAGUCCUCCCCCCCUCCCCGCCCGCCCCGCCGCCGCCGCCCGGGCUGUUCCUGUAAGGCGGGGAGACAAUGAGUAAACUCUCCUUCCGAGCGCGGGCGCUGGACGCCGCCAAGCCGCUGCCUAUCUACCGCGGCAAGGACAUGCCUGAUCUCAACGACUGCGUCUCCAUCAACCGGGCCGUGCCCCAGAUGCCCACCGGGAUGGAGAAGGAGGAGGAAUCGGAACAUCAUUUACAGCGAGCGAUUUCAGCACAGCAAGUGUUUAGAGAAAAAAAAGAGAGCAUGGUCAUUCCUGUUCCUGAGGCAGAGAGCAACGUCAACUAUUACAAUCGCUUGUACAAAGGAGAGUUUAAACAGCCAAAACAGUUCAUUCAUAUUCAGCCUUUUAAUCUAGACAACGAGCAACCAGAUUAUGAUAUGGAUUCAGAAGAUGAGACUUUAUUAAAUAGACUUAACAGAAAGAUGGAAAUUAAGCCUUUGCAAUUUGAAAUUAUGAUUGACAGACUUGAAAAAGCCAGUUCUAAUCAGCUUGUAACACUUCAAGAAGCAAAACUGCUGCUAAACGAAGAUGAUUACCUUAUUAAAGCUGUAUAUGACUACUGGGUGAGAAAACGUAAAAACUGCAGGGGGCCAUCCCUCAUUCCUCAGAUAAAACAAGAGAAAAGAGAUGGCUCUACCAACAAUGACCCUUAUGUUGCCUUUCGGAGAAGAACAGAGAAAAUGCAAACUCGAAAGAAUCGUAAGAAUGAUGAAGCCUCUUAUGAAAAGAUGUUGAAACUGAGACGAGAAUUUAGUAGAGCCAUAACAAUUUUGGAAAUGAUUAAGAGAAGAGAGAAAACAAAACGAGAAUUAUUGCACUUAACCUUAGAAGUUGUGGAGAAAAGAUACCAUUUGGGAGACUAUGGUGGUGAAAUCCUUAAUGAAGUAAAAAUCAAUAGAUCAGAAAAAGAGUUAUAUGCCCCUCCAGCAACUCUUCAUAAUGGAAAUCAUCACAAAGUUCAAGAAUGUAAAACCAAGCACCCUCAUCAUUUGUCUUUGAAAGAAGAGGCUUCUGAUGUGGUUCGUCAAAAGAAGAAGUACCCAAAGAAGCCUAAAGCAGAGGCUUUGAUAACAUCUCAGCAACCCACUCCUGAGACAUUGCCUGUGAUCAAUAAGAGUGACAUUAAGCAAUAUGACUUUCACAGCUCAGAUGAAGAUGAAUUUCCACAGGUAUUGUCCCCAGUAUCAGAACCAGAAGAAGAAAAUGAUCCUGAUGGUCCCUGUGCUUUCAGAAGGCGGGCAGGAUGCCAGUAUUAUGCUCCUCGUUUGGACCAAGCUAACCAUUCAUGUGAAAAUUCAGAAUUGGCAGAUUUGGAUAAGUUGAGGUAUAGGCAUUGCCUUACAACACUUACAGUCCCAAGAAGAUGUAUAGGAUUUGCAAGGAGGCGAAUUGGCAGAGGUGGAAGGGUCAUAAUGGACCGAAUAUCCACAGAACAUGACCCAGUCCUGAAACAGAUAGACCCUGAAAUGCUGAAUAGUUUUUCAAGCUCUUCCCAAACUAUAGACUUUUCUUCUAAUUUCUCUCGGACCAAUGCUUCCAGUAAACAUUGUGAAAAUAGACUGUCCCUUUCUGAAAUAUUAAGCAAUAUCAGAUCAUGUCGACUACAGUGUUUCCAGCCAAGGCUACUAAAUUUACAGGACAGUGAUAGUGAAGAAUGUACCUCAAGAAAACCAGGGCAGACUGUGAACAAUAAAAGAGUUUCCGCAGCAUCUGUAGCUUUAUUGAACACCAGCAAGAAUGGCAUAUCAGUAACAGGGGGUAUCACAGAAGAGCAGUUUCAGACACAUCAGCAGCAGUUAGUUCAGAUGCAAAGGCAGCAACUUGCCCAGCUUCAGCAGAAACAGCAAUCUCAGCAUUCCUCGCAACAGACACAUCCAAAAGCACAGGGCUCAAGCACCUCUGACUGUUUGUCUAAAACACUUGACUCAGCCAGCGCCCACUUUGCUGCAUCUGCAGUGGUCAGUGCACCUGUUCCAAGUCGCAGUGAGGUAGCCAAGGAACAGAACACUGGCCACAACAACAUAAACGGUGUUGUCCAGCCUUCAGGAACCUCUAAAACAUUAUACUCCACCAAUAUGGCUUUAUCAUCCAGCCCAGGGAUUUCAGCCGUACAACUUGUAAGGACAGUUGGCCACACCACUACAAACCACUUAAUCCCAGCAUUGUGCACAAGCAGUCCUCAGACACUCCCCAUGAACAAUUCCUGCCUGACAAAUGCAGUGCACCUCAAUAAUGUCAGUGUUGUUUCUCCAGUCAAUGUGCAUAUCAAUACACGGACUUCAGCACCAUCGCCAACAGCCUUAAAACUUGCCACAGUUGCUGCCAGUAUGGACAGGGUGCCAAAGGUUACUCCCAGCAGUGCCAUCAGCAGCAUAGCAAGAGAGAACCACGAACCAGAAAGAUUGGGCUUAAAUGGAAUAGCAGAGACAACAGUAGCUAUGGAAGUGACAUAACCUAAAACACGUGGCUCUGACCUGUGCUGAUGGUGUGCAGUCAUUCAUAUUCCAGCUGAAUGCAAAAGGCAACACUCUGUGGAUCACAGAGUGUAACAAUGGACCUAAAUGGACUAUAGUAUAUUGGAUGUUAAAUCCAUAUAUGAUGUAUAUUUUGUAAAAUUGGGAAAAUCACUACCUUGUAAAAUAGUUUAUUUGUAUCAUCAAUAUUAUUUCUGUUACUUGAAUAGUAGAUAUUCAUCAUCAUGCUUUUGCACUUGAAUUUGCAACUGAAUGGAUUUUAAAAAAUAAUUCUUUAAUGGGAUCAUGAGCAUGAAAUGGGAUCCUGCAUCACUUGUUUUAACUAUUUAUUUUGCCAUGUUUACAUUUUGUAUCUUGUAAAAAUAAAUCCAACUUUGUGUCUAAAAAGUUAAAGAUUCAUAGCUAGGAAAUGAAAUUCUUGUAAUUUUUUUCUAAAGGAACUGUAAAGUUUUCACUUGGUUCAUUUUGUUUCACAAUUUGACUAGAUGGACUUUUUGGUAAAUACUUUAGUGGCAUUUCACUGUCAAAUAUGAAGUUCAAGGCAAAAUAGUAUUUUCUAUUACUGUGCAGGGGAAAGGGAUGGAUCGAUACAUGCAAAUUUAAUGUAGUAACUCACUUUUCCAUAUAUUUUGAAUGUAUAUUUCUAUUUAUAAUACCAAUUUAUAAAAAAUAAUUACACAGAAAAAAUGGAAUAGGAAAAAUUAUGCAUCUAGCACAUUUAAGCUGUGCAGAUACGAAAAUUUUUCGAGGAUUACAUUUUAUCUGAAGGCUGCAUAUUUUAACUGGCUUUAAAACUGUAACACACCACAUAAAAGAUAAUUUACCAGGUAUGUAUUGCAUUAUAUCAUUGCAGUAAUUAUUGGAAGUCUAGAUAUCGAGCCAUCCCAGGUGUUGGGAGGGGGGGAGGGUUGUGGCAAGAUUGUCUUUUCAAUUUUGGAGAGUUUUCCUGUGGCUACAAGGCAAGUAACGGGUUGGAAAAAGUCUGACUGUCAGCGUUGGACACCUUCAUAGUGUAGUGUUUUAGUGACUUUUUUUAUACGGCUCUUGUAAAUUAGAUACGUGUAGUGGUGUUUCAGAAUGUUUGUUUAUGCACUAGUUCAGACAACUUUCCCUGUUACUUGUUCUUGAUAAGUGAAAACUGCAGGGAAAUAAAAAAUACAUAUCAAAACAUGGACAUGCUGCAUAUGUGUUUAUUUCACAAUGUGCACACAGUGUAAGUGAAAAUUUAAGGGAGAUGAUAGCACUUAGACCAGCACUUUUCCUGUUCACAUGCUGUCCAAGCAUUCAUGAAAAGAACUAUAGGAAGCUCAUCUGUGAGCUCUGUUGGGUUUCAGAUAAUCCAAUAUAAACUACCUUUGAUAUGAAAGUUCGUAAGAUAUUUUACAGAAUGUAAGUAAUUUGCAGUAUCGCAGUCAUUGAAAUGUCAUAAGUGAGCCUCAUUUUAUAAAGUUUAGAGUAGAAUUAUAUUGCAAGGGGGUUUUGUCAAGUAAGUACUGGGAAAUGUAAAUAUUUUUAAUGAAUACAAUUAAAACCAUUUCAAACUUACAUAAUUUUAUACUUUACAUUUUUUAUAUCUGCAGUCCUGAAAGUUGUAAAUUGAUAUGUCAGUUGAAUUAAUGGGCCAUGAUUUCUGGUGAAAGUGGUUUUUAUUCAGCUCCUAAAUGUGUAAAGCAAUUUAUGGUCAAAACCAUAGAAAAAAUACUAAUUUUGUCUUGGUUGUGACCCGAUAGGAUCCAUGCUCGUUUCUGCCAUACUACCUCUGGAGUUACUCAUUGCUGAUUAUAUAAAGGAAAUAAUUUUCAUUUGAUAUGUAUUAUGACUGUGUUCAUUCUGCUUAUAGUUGGAUGUAUCUCCUUGCUAUUAAGAACUUAAAAACAACUUUAGUGCCAAUUGCAGAGAAAGCUUUUUUCCCCAUUUUACUGAAGUAAAGCAUGAAGUGAAUUUGCCUUAUGUGAUAUAUAUGUUAUAAAUAAGUAAAAAAAAAGAACUAUCCAUUUGUACGGUUUCUGGAGGUGGUGGCAAAUCCAGAACUUAUAAGACUGAUGACCAAUUGAUUUGUUCCUUGUGAAGUAAAACAGAAACAUAAGCCUUC